CCACUAGGCCACCGCCGCCCAUGGUCUUCAAAACCAUCUCUCUCUCUCUCUCUCUCUGUGUGGAUAUGUAUAUGUAUAUAAACUCUGUCUUCCCCAUCCUCAUAACCUAUAAAUAGAAACCAUCGCUAAAGCGGCCCCCGUCACUGGAUUGAUCCUUGUUUACUCUCGAGAUUCGCAGCUGCUAUUCUUGCUCUUUUCAAUUUUCAGCAAAACCAACAUUUUCAAACCGGACAUGGAAACUGGCAACAACAUCGGGGCUGCGGCGCACCCCACCACCUCUCCGGCGCCGGUGCAGGGUGGCUCGUCGAGCGGGACCCUGGGCCGGCACCUGGCUCGGCGGCUAGUCCAGAUCGGCGUGCGGGACGUGUUCUCCGUCCCCGGCGACUUCAACCUGACGCUACUGGACCACCUGAUCGCCGAGCCGGAACUCAACCUCGUUGGCUGCUGCAACGAGCUCAACGCCGGCUACGCCGCCGACGGGUACGCCCGUGCCAAGGGGGUUGGCGCCUGCGUGGUGACCUUCACGGUCGGCGGGCUGAGCGUUCUCAACGCGAUCGCCGGCGCCUACAGCGAGAACUUGCCGCUGAUAUGCAUCGUCGGCGGCCCCAAUUCGAACGACUACGGGACCAAUCGGAUCCUCCACCACACCAUCGGUUUGCCCGAUUUCAGUCAGGAGCUCCGGUGUUUUCAGGCAGUCACGUGUACUCAGGCAGUGGUGAAUAACUUGGAUGAUGCGCAUGAACUGAUCGACACUGCCCUUUCGACUGCAUUGAAGGAAAGCAAGCCGGUAUAUAUCAGCAUAAGUUGUAAUCUGCCUGGAAUUCCUCAUCCAACAUUUGCCAGGGAGCCAGUCCCAUUCUGCCUUGCACCAUUUGUGAGCAAUCAAUGUGGAUUAGAAGCUGCAGUGGAAGCAACAGCUGAGUUUUUGAACAAGGCUGUCAAGCCUGUCCUUGUGGGAGGUCCCAAGCUAAGGGUAGCAAAGGCACAGGAGGCGUUUAUGGAGCUUGCUGAUGCAUGUGGAUACCCAAUUGCAGUAAUGCCUUCAGGAAAAGGACUGGUUCAGGAGCACCACCCACACUUCAUCGGGACAUAUUGGGGUGCUGUUAGCACCAGCUGCUGUGGGGAGAUCGUGGAAUCUGCUGAUGCUUAUGUUUUUGUCGGUCCAAUCUUUAAUGAUUACAGUUCAGUUGGAUAUUCUUUGCUGAUCAAGAAAGAGAAAGCAGUGAACGUACAGCCUAACCGUGUGACUAUUGGUAAUGGUCCGUCCCUGGGUUGGGUUUUUAUGGCAGACUUCUUAACGGCGCUGGCCAAGAAGCUAAAGAAGAACAGUACAGCUUUUGAGAAUUACCGCCGUAUAUAUGUCCCUCCGGGCAUUGCUCUGAAACGUGAUAAUAAUGAACCUCUAAGAGUCAACAUACUCUUCAAGCACAUUCAGGACUUGCUAGGUGGAGACACUGCAGUGAUUGCAGAGACAGGGGACUCAUGGUUUAAUUGUCAGAAGCUCAAGCUUCCAGAAAAUUGCGGGUAUGAAUUCCAGAUGCAGUAUGGAUCUAUUGGGUGGUCUGUUGGUGCUACACUUGGUUAUGCUCAGGCUGCCAAGGACAAGCGUGUGAUUGCUUGCAUUGGUGAUGGAAGUUUCCAGGUGACAGCUCAGGAUAUUUCUACAAUGAUUCGCUGCGGGCAAAAGAGCAUCAUAUUCCUCAUCAACAAUGGAGGCUAUACAAUUGAAGUUGAGAUUCAUGACGGACCAUACAACGUGAUCAAGAACUGGGACUACACUGGUCUCGUUGAUGCUAUUCACAACGGUGAAGGCAAAUGCUGGACUGCCAAGGUAUGCACAGAGGAACAGCUGGUUGAAGCAAUUGCGACAGCAACAGGAGCUCACAAAGACUCGUUAUGUUUCAUUGAAGUUUUCGUUCACAAGGACGAUACGAGCAAAGAGCUGCUGGAAUGGGGAUCCCGAGUCGCUUCUGCCAACAGCCGCCCUCCAAAUCCUCAAUAAAACCGGAGUUCUCCCACACCAGGUUUUCCCAGGAUCGAUCGAGACUUGUGCCUUGACAUUCAAGUAAUCAGCUUUGUACCCAUAACAGUUCCGAGAAAUAAAAGAAAGCAGAUAGCUGCUUGAUUACUGGCUGUACUUUGCAAUAUUCAGGAGAAGAUAAUGAUCAGAUACUGUAAUAAAGAACCAUUGUCUCUGUUUAGGACUAUUAUGUUCCAUAUUAGUCGCACUUGUUUGUCUUUGAGCUGAAUGUAAUUUGCAGUUGAUGGUGCAGUUAGAAGAAUUCUUCAUUAUAGCCAAUUGUGAUGCCUCUUUUGAGAUA